UUCAACACAAUAAAAACAAUCUUGGUUUAAUAUUUGGCAUUGGUGCUAAGGUCAAGUAAUUUUUCUAUUGAAAUCUCAAGACCUUACCCAUCCUUGUCAUACAAACCAAGAACAAAAAAAAAAAAAAAAAGUUGUUGAAGCCUAUACAAAACCUUCAUUAUCAAGAUAUAUUCAGCUAUUUGAAUAAUAAUGGCUGCAAUUGCAAUGAAGAUUAGCUUUAUUUUGUUGGUUUUGGCCAUAACUAUUCCAUGCCUUGAGGGUCGUAUUGGUGAGUUUGAUGAUUACCUCAAAGCACAAGCUGAGAUGGCUCGUCAAAUUGCUUUCAAGUCCUAUGUACCCAAUCCUGAAAACAUCACAACCGAGAUCAAUAUUCACGUUCAUUUGGCAAUGGAAGCGGCAAUGAAAGCAGAAGCAAAUGACACAAGGAGGGAACUAAUGAGCCAAAAAUCACGUGGUGGUAAAGGACGUCGUAGAGCAAGAUGUAUGGCCACCAAUCCAAUUGACAGUUGUUGGAGGUGUAGAAAUGAUUGGGCCAAAAACCGUCAACUGUUAGCCACAUGUGCAAAAGGAUUCGGUAGAAGGACUACAGGAGGACUUGGUGGAAGGAUCUAUGUUGUCACAGAUCCUUCCGACAACGAUUUGGUGAACCCAAGACCUGGAACUCUCCGAUUUGGUGCCGUUCAAAAGGGACCACUUUGGAUUAUUUUCCAACGUAACAUGGUCAUUACAUUGACUCAAGAGUUAAUGGUUUCAUCCGACAAGACCAUCGACGGUCGUGGAGCCAAUGUGCAAAUUAGGGAAGGUGCUGGAAUUACCAUGCAAUUCGUCAACAAUGUCAUCAUUCACGGUCUUCGCAUCAAGAACAUUAAAGCUAAGAAUGGUGGUUUGAUUAGAGACUCUUUCGAUCAUCUCGGAGUAAGAACAAGGAGUGAUGGUGAUGCUAUCUCUGUCUUUGGUUCAUCAAACAUCUGGAUUGAUCAUAUUUCCUUAUCUAAUUGCGAGGAUGGUCUUGUUGAUGUCAUUCAAGGCUCUACUGCAGUCACCAUCUCAAAUUGCCACAUGACCAAACAUAACGAUGUGAUGUUGUUUGGAGCUAGUGAUACAUAUCAAGAUGACAAGAUUAUGCAAGUCACAGUUGCAUUCAACCAUUUCGGACAAGGAUUGAUUCAAAGAAUGCCAAGAUGCAGAUGGGGAUUUUUCCAUGUUUUGAACAAUGAUUACACACAUUGGAUCAUGUAUGCCAUUGGUGGAAGCUCAGCCCCAACAAUUCUUAGUCAAGGAAACCGUUUCAUUGCUCCUCAUAACAAUGCUGCAAAAACAAUUACACAUAGAGAUUAUGCACCAGAAGCUGUUUGGUCAAAAUGGCAAUGGAGAUCAGAAGGUGAUCAUUUCAUGAAUGGUGCUAACUUUAUUCAAUCUGGUCCUCCCAUCAAGAGUCUUCCAUUCAAGAAAGGGUUCCUAAUGAAACCAAGGCAUGGAUCUCAGGCUAAUAGGCUUACCCGCUUUUCUGGGGCACUCAAUUGUGUUGUGGGUAGACCAUGCUAGAAUAAUAAAUAAAUACCUAAAGUAUAUUCAUUAAUGUACUUCAUAUAUGAAGAAAAUAAACAAGGACAAAAUGAUUGGGAAUGUUAAUCCCUUUUCAACUUUGAUCUUUGGGAGUAACUUCAACCAAUGUUUU